AUGUUCUAUUUUUGCACAUCUCUCAAAAAAGUUGAAUUCCAUCCACGCCAAACAGUUAUAAAAUCUGGUAUGUUCAAAAAAACUGCUUUUAAGACAUUUACUGUUCCAGAUUCAAUUGUUUCCAUUGAAGAAAAUGCAUUUAGUUUAUGUGAAAAAUUAGAAGAAUUCCACUUUGGAAUGGGAAUUACAUCUAUUGAUCCAACAUGGUUUGUAAGUUAUGCCUAUAUCGAUCCAAGCACUAAUGAAAUUGUAGUUCCACAACCUGGCAGUGAAAAUGAAAAUCUAUAUCAAGUUGCAAGUUAUGCAAUUAAUAUAACUUUCUAUAUUCCGGGUGGACUUCGUUUGGAUGAUUUUUCAUGGAUUAAGUAUUUUGGAAAUAUUGAUGUAAAAAUUGAUGAAACAAAUCCAUACUAUUACACCAAGGAUCACGCUAUCAUCAAUAAACAAACGAAUACAUUGCUAGCGACAUUUGGUAAUAUUGGAAAGAAAUAUUCCAUUCCUAAAGAAGUCGAAUACAUGGAUGCAAAUAGUAUAUUCACUUCACAAUUCACACAUUAUAUAGAUGCAGAUUCGACAUUGUUCGAAAAUGAUAAAUAUCAAGGAACAAUUUUGAAGAUUCCUGAUACAGUUAAAGUCGUGAAUAGUCAAAAGACAAAUCCAUAUUAUGAUACAGUUUAUUGUUAUAAAGGAAGGUACUAUCAGAAUUCGUUCCAGACAAGUGAUUUUGCAAUCACAAAGAAAUAUAUUUAUCCUAAAAUUGGACAGACUGAUAGGAUGAGGAAUAUGAAAUGCGACAAUGAAGAUGUUAAAGAAGUAAGACACGUAAUCGGUCUUACAAAAAUGGAAAUCGGACUUAUUAUAGGAGCAGUUAUUGUUGGAAUUGUAUUGCUUACAGUCAUUUUCCUCUAUAUAUUCUUGCCUCUUACAAAACUUAUCAUGAAGGCUGCAGAAAAUGAUAUUGCCCCAUAA